AUGUUAGCAUUGAAGUCUCCUGCACUUCUACAUACGGGCCUGUCUGGUCGCACCUACACCAUUGAACAUAUUUUACAGGAGGAAGUUUCUCCACCACGUGAAGUCUAUCGUGCCUCGGUGGACGGUCACAAGUUCAUAUUAAAGUACUUAUAUCCAGUCAACUUUGAAGAUCUUCAAGAAGUCAAUAAUCGCCUGCAUGGCAAUACAAGCCAUGUCCGCCUUGCUGUGGACACUAUUCCUGACAAGUCUAUGUUUGUUUUCGAACACUUCACAGGCCAUCUCUUAACUCUUGCCCAAAAGGACUUGCCCCUUAUGUUGACCAAGAAAGUCCUCAAGAAUGUCCUUACUGGACUUGCUGAGCUUCAUGAUCAGGAUAUCGUUCACACCGAUAUAAAAGCAGACAAUAUUUUUAUUGACUGGCAGAAUUGCAAUGAUGAGAUUCUUGUCAACAAAGUUCAACUCGGUGAUCUAGAAGACGCAGCUCAUAUUCCCCCAGGGAGCCCUGAAGCCCAUGCAAGAGGGCCUGUCAACAAACCUUCAGAUAUUUUCUCAUUUGCUCUUGUUUGCAUCUGCGCCGUUCAUAGGCGCAUCAUUUUCGCAGUUCGAGAAGACGAGUUGGAAGAGGGUGUCGAUCCACUCGCUGUCGUAAUCGAGCGCCAGAUCUUUUACUUCGCAGAUGAAGAUGGGAUCAAUGGGUUCUUGAACCAUCUUGGUGACAAUCCAUGGGUUCGUGUUUUCGAAGCGACUUGGGAGGGAUACAACCAAGAGGCCCCGUGUGAACCAUUCGCAUUCUGGAAUGGUGUUGAUGACGACUUUAAAAGCCUUGUAUGCCCCAUGACAUAUUUUGAUCCCAGGAAACGGGUUUCGGCGCGUCAAGCAUUGGGGCAGAAAUGGUUCGAGGACGUCUGA